AUGAGCCAGUCAUUGAUUUCUAUCGACCGCGAGUUUGGUGUCUCUGAGAAGGCACCCCCACAAGACUUGUGGUCCUCAAUACUGGAUUCGGUGUCAUCCACACGAUCAACGCCCCAUCGACCUGGAAAGUCCCUUCUCGCAUCCACCCUGCUGCAGAAACCCGUGGCAGAUGACAGCACGGAGGAAUCGCGGACUGAUUUCGCACUGGGAUAUGACUGGGCGGACGUGAAAGAUGGCGACGAAGAUACCCUUGCACGGUUAUCCGUGUACACAGUACCUUCAGAUGCGAAGGCUUACAGCGCAUUGCUGCCACACUUUCUACCGCCAAAGAACGUUCUGCCCCAUACUGCUGUCAUGAUUGUAUUAGAUUGGACGCGUCCCUGGACAUUCGUGGAGGAGCUGGAGACGUGGCUCAAGUGGGUAGAACAAUGGGCAAAGGGGGAUGGAUCUCGUGAAGUCGAAAUUGUAAGAGAAGAGAACCGCGAGCGCCUUCAGGUGCAUCUACAGCAUUAUACAGAACCUUCUGCAGACACUCUCCCUGCGACCUCCAAUCUGACUUCGAGUGCCGUCCUCCCGCUGGGUCCUGGGACUUUCACCCAUAAUUCAGCCGGCGUGCCAAUUGUCGUUGUGUGUUCCAAGGCAGAUCUAAUCGACGAGGGCAGUAACCUGAUUGGACCAGGUACCUCAGGGGAUGGGUGGGAUGAGUGGGAGGAACGGACAGACAGCAUUAUGCAAGUUCUUAGGACCAUAUGCCUGAAAUAUGGCGCCGCAUUAUUUUAUACGACCCCACAGCCAAGUACAUUACAAGCGCCAUCCCCUGGCGUUUCAGCAGGAAUGGAAGCCCCUGCGUCGAUACGGAAUCCUUUCGUGUUUCAUCACAAGCCAAAUACCCUAGACCGCGACCGGAUCGUGGUUCCUGCUGGAUGGGAUAGCUGGGGGAAGAUUGGUGUUUUGCGGGAGGGCUUCGAGGCGAAGUCAUGGGGUGAGGCUUGGGACACUGAUAUUGAGGCUAGUGAAGGGGAAAGUGAGGAGGCAAGCGGUGCAAAGCGGAUGUACCGGUCCCUAAUACCGGACCAAGGGGCAAAGAGUGCCACGGCGGGUAUUGUCGGACCCAUGGGAAGCAGCAGUUUCAGCCUCCCAAAUGUCGAGCGAGCACUUUCCGAAAUGGAAGCUAGAAUGGGUGGCAGCAGUGCGCUGAGUGCCAGCGUGAAUGGGGAUUCUGCCCGGAAGCUGUCGCGGGGAACUCGACCGACCUCUGGAUUGUCUGUUGGUGCACCAGGGGCAAGUACUGUUGGCCGUACAUCCACCUCUCCGACAUUGGGAACUUCAACCAACGCGACCGGUGGACAAACACAGCAUGAGGUACUACAGAACUUCUUCCAGAGCCUGUUAAGUUCCAAAGAUCGUGCUGGCCAAAGCGCAGCAGCCUCGCGCACUGCAGCAACACAGUCCCCGAGGACCAAUGGAAAUGCGAGUGGACCAGACGAUACGAGUUGA